UCGACCCGGGUGGGGAGGGCGUGUGUGUCGGGGGGGCGGCGGCGGCGAGUCGGGCGAGCGCGCGGGAUGGAACACCGAGACACCGUCGGAAUGCUCCGAAUUGCCACAUAAUCCCCUGGAACGGCCGCGCCGAACGCCAUUGGCUUCUCCCUUCUGCCCGCGCCGCCGUCUCCCACCUCCGCCUCUCCGCUGCCUCUCCGCCCGCUGCCUCCGGAGCUGGGGGGGGAGCGCGGAGCCCCACUGCAAUGGAGCCCGCCGCCGCGGCCACGGCGCAGCGGCUCCCAGAGACCAGCAGGGAGGACCGAGCUCCGGCGGCGGCGGCGGCCGGGGGCGGCCGGAGCCCCGAGCCAGCGCUGAUCCCCGCGGCCCCAAGCGGCGGGGCGCGGGAAGAGGCCCCCGGCCAGGCGCAGCCGGGGCCGCCGCCGGGCAGAGCGGCGGGCGCGGGACGCAGGAGGCGGCGCGGCGCGCCCCAGUCCACCGCCGGCGGGGCUGCUCCGGUGUCUGGGGCCGGCAGCGGCGCCAACUCCCUCCUGCUAAGGAGAGGGCGGCUGAAAAGGAAUCUGUCGGCGGCCGCCGCCGCCUCGUCGUCCUCGUCCUCCUCGUCCUCCUCUUCGGCCGCUGCCGCCUCGCACUCCCCCGGCGCCGCCGGCCUCUCCGCCUCCAGCUCUGCCUCGGCGUCGCUGUGCACCCGGAGCCUGGACAGGAAGACGCUGCUCCUGAAGCACCGACAGAUGCUGCAGCUGCAGCCCUCGGACCGGGACUGGGUGAGGCACCAGCUGCAGCGGGGCUGCGUGCACGUCUUCGACCGCCACCUGGCCUCGACCUACCUGCGCCCGGUGCUGUGCACGCUGGACACCACGGCCGGCGAGGUGGCCGCCCGCCUGCUGCAGGUGGGCCACAAAGGCGGGGGCGUGGUGAAGGUGCUGGGCAAGGGGCCCCCGGACGCCGGCCCCCGGCUCGCGCCCGCUGAGCCACCCCUGGGGAAGAGCGGGUUGGCUGCCGUCGGGGCCUCGCCGCGCGCGCCUCCCGCGGACCUGCCGCUGCCCGGCGCUCUAGGCGGGUGGGCGUCCGGCGCCUCCCGCGUCAGCCCCGUGCUCUCGGAUUCCAGCCCCGGCGACCCCGGCACCCCGCUUGACUGCGCGGCCUCGGGCCGGGCCUCGGACACUGAGAGCUUCAGCCUGAGCCCCAGUGCGGAGAGCGUGUCCGACCGGCUGGACCCCUACAGCAGCGGCGGCGGCUCCUCGUCGUCGUCCGAGGAGCUCGAGGCCGACCCUGUCCCAACCCCAGCGGGAGCUCCGAGCCAGCCCUGCCCGCCGGACCGCUCCGCGCACAUCCGUCCCAGAGUCGGUGCUCGACCGCUUUCCCCUACGGCCUCCCCGCCUCCGCUGCAGCCAAAAGCCCCGACGGUCGUCCACUGCCCGGACGGGGCCACCGACGAUCCGCCUAGGGAGGAAAAGGCAGCGGCAGCCGUGGUCCCUGGCCGUCCCCAGCCGAUCCCGGGUGGGACCGCGGAGAAAGCGCCUUCUCCACCCACCCUUUACGUGCAGCUCCAUGGAGAGACUACUCGGCGCCUGGAGGCGGACGAGAAGCCCUUGCAGAUCCAAAAUGACUACCUCUUUCAACUGGGAUUUGGGGAGUUGUGGAGGGUGCAGGAGGAAGGCAUGGACUCGGAGAUUGGCUGCCUCAUUCGCUUCUAUGCAGGAAAACCUCACAGCACUGGUAGCUCCGAACGGAUUCAGCUCUCAGGAAUGUAUAAUGUCCGUAAAGGCAAAAUGCAGUUGCCAGUGAACCGAUGGACCAGACGCCAAGUCAUUCUGUGUGGGACCUGCCUGAUAGUGUCAUCUGUGAAAGACAGCUUGACUGGAAAGAUGCAUGUUCUGCCCCUAAUUGGUGGAAAAGUGGAAGAAGUGAAAAGGCACCAGCACUGUUUAGCAUUCAGCUCCUCUGGACCCCAGAGCCAGACUUACUACAUUUGUUUUGAUACAUUCACGGAGUAUUUAAGGUGGCUUCGACAAGUGUCAAAGGUUGCAUCGCAGCGCAUUAGCUCAGUGGACCUCUCAUGCUGCAGCCUGGAGCAUCUGCCUGCCAACCUCUUCUACAGCCAAGACCUCACUCAUCUCAACCUGAAACAGAACUUCCUGAGGCAAACUCCCAGUCUGCCGACUGCCAGGGGGCUCAGUGAACUGCAAAGGUUCACCAAGUUGAAGAGUCUUAACCUUUCCAAUAAUCAUUUAGGAGACUUCCCAAUAGCGGUCUGCAGUAUCCCCACCCUGACCGAGCUGAACGUGUCCGGCAACGCCCUCCGAGCCGUCCCUGCCGCUGUAGGAGUCAUGCACAACUUACAGACGUUUUUGUUGGAUGGAAACUUCCUGCAGACCCUUCCUGCCGAGUUGGAGAACAUGCAUCAGCUUAGUUAUCUUGGUCUUUCUUUCAAUGAAUUUGCUGACAUUCCAGAGGUGUUAGAGAAACUGACCGCUGUGGACAGACUGUGCAUGUCUGGGAACUGUCUGCAGGGCCUGAGGCUGCAGGCCUUACGAAGAACGCCCCACAUUAAGCAUGUGGAUCUAAGACUGAACAAAAUUAGGAAGCUAAUAGCAGACGAAGUAGACUUUCUCCAGCACGUCACUCAGCUUGAUCUGCGCGACAAUAAGCUUGGUGAUCUGGAUGCCAUGAUCUUCAACAACAUUGAAGUUUUACACUGUGAAAGGAAUCAGCUGGUGACACUGAACAUCUGCGGCUAUUUCCUAAAAGCGCUCUAUGCCUCUUCUAAUGAACUUGUUCAACUUGAUGUUUACCCAGUUCCGAAUUAUCUGUCGUACUUGGACGUUUCCAGGAACUGCUUGGAAAAUGUGCCUGAGUGGGUGUGUGAAAGCCGAAAGCUAGAAGUUUUGGAUAUUGGCCAUAAUCGAAUAUGUGAACUCCCUGCACGCCUGUUCUGUAACAGCAGUCUCCGGAAGCUGCUGGCGGGGCACAACCAGCUGGCGCGGCUGCCCGAGCGGCUGGAGAGCACCUCCGUGGAGGUGCUGGACGUGCAGCACAACCUGCUCCUGGAGCUGCCGCCCAGCCUUCUGAUGAAGGCCGACAGCUUGAGGUUCCUGAAUGCAUCUGCGAACAAACUGGAAACCCUUCCUCCGGCCACACUUUCCGAAGAGACGAGCAGCGUCUUGCAGGAGUUGUACCUGACGAACAACAACCUCACGGACAAGUGCGUGCCCCUGUUGACCGGACACCCCCACCUGAAGAUCCUGCACUUGGCCUACAACCGGCUCCAGAGCUUCCCAGCAAGUAAAAUGGCCAAACUGGAGGAACUGGAAGAAGUCGACGUCAGCGGGAACAAACUGAAAGCCGUCCCCACGACCAUCACCAACUGCCGGCGCCUGCACACCGUGGUCGCCCACUCCAACUGCAUCGAGGCCUUUCCCGAGGUCAUGCAGCUCCCGGAGAUCAAGUGCGUGGACCUGAGUUGCAACGAGCUCAGCGAGGUCACUUUACCAGAAAACCUGCCCCCAAAACUGCAAGAACUGGACCUGACGGGAAACCCCCGGCUGGCCCUCGACCACAAAACCCUGGAGCUGCUGAACAAUAUCCGCUGUUUCAAGAUCGAUCAGCCUUCCUCAGGAGACGCCUCUGGAGCCCCUGCCGUAUGGAGCCAUGGCUACACGGAAGCCUCGGGGGUGAAAAACAAGCUGUGCGUGGCGGCUCUGUCGGUGAAUAACUUCUGCGACAGCCGGGAGGCCCUGUACGGCGUGUUCGAUGGAGACCGGAACGUGGAGGUGCCCUACCUUCUCCAGUGCACCAUGAGCGACAUCUUGGCGGAAGAGCUGCAGAAAACGAAGAACGAAGAGGAGUACAUGGUCAACACCUUCAUCGUCAUGCAGAGGAAACUGGGAACUGCUGGGCAGAAACUUGGAGGCGCUGCUGUCCUUUGUCACAUCAGACAUGACCCUGUGGACCCAGGAGGGUCCUUCACCUUGACCUCUGCUAAUGUGGGCAAGUGCCAGACGGUUCUCUGUCGCAACGGGAAGCCGCUGCCUCUGUCCAAAUCGUACAUCAUGAGCUGCGAGGAAGAACUGAAGAGAAUUAAACAGCACAAGGCCAUUAUCACUGAGGACGGCAAGGUGAACGGAGUGACUGAGUCCACCCGCAUCCUGGGCUACACGUUCCUCCACCCGAGCGUGGUGCCCCGCCCCCACGUGCAGUCCGUGCCCCUGACCCCGCAGGACGAGUUCUUCAUCCUGGGCAGCAAGGGCUUGUGGGACAGCCUGUCCAUGGAGGAGGCUGUGGCAGCCGUGCGCAACGUGCCCGACGCCCUGGCCGCCGCUAAGAAGCUGUGCACCCUGGCGCAGAGCUACGGCUGCCGCGACAGCCUCAGCGCCGUGGUGGUGCAGCUCAGCGUCACCGAGGACAGCUUCUGCUGCUGUGAGCUGGGCGCUGGCGGGGCGCUGCCGCCACCCAGCCCGGGCAUCUUCCCGCCCUCGGUCAGCAUGGUGAUCAAGGACCGGCCGGCGGACGGGCUGGGCGGGCCGUCCUCCAGCAGCGGCAUGGCCUCGGAGAUCAGCAGCGAGCUGUCCACCUCUGAGAUGAGCAGCGAGGUGGGUUCCACGGCCUCCGACGAGCCCCCGCCUGGGCCCCUGAGCGAGAGCGGCCCCGCCUUCCCCAGCGAGCAGCGCUGCCUGCUGCACCCUGCCUGCCUGCCCAGCUCCUUCCAGCGCCAGCUGUCCAGCGCCACGUUUUCCAGCGCCUUCUCGGACAACGGCCUGGACAGUGACGACGAAGAGCCGAUUGAGGGCGUCUUCAGCAAUGGCAGCCGGGUGGAGGUGGAGGUGGACAUCCACUGCGGCCGCGCCAAGGACAGGGACAAGCCGCAGCCCGCGCUGCUCGUGCAGGCCGAGGCCAGCGACGAGGGCAUCGUCAUCAGCGCCAACGAGGACGAGCCCGGGCUGCCCAGGAAGGUGGACUUCGCUGCCGUGGGGACCAUCGGGCGCCGGAGGGCCAACGGCUCGGUGGCGCCCCAGGAGAGGAGCCACAACGUGAUCGAGGUAGCCGCGGACGCACCUCUCCGGAGGCCUGGAGGCUACUUCGCCGCCCCCGCCCAGCCGGACCCCGAGGAUCAGUUUAUCAUCCCGCCUGAGCUGGAGGAGGAGGUCAAGGAGAUCAUGAAACACCACCAGCAGCAGCAGCCGCCGCGGCCGUGCCCGGGGGACCCGCUGCCGGACUACUGCGACACACCGCUAUGACCGCGGCCCCCUGGACUACACGACCUGGGAGGCUGAGCGGCACGAGGCUCCGGGCUGGCGUUAAGCAGGGUCCGACCGCGCCCUCCCCCGACCCCCCGCCUGUCUUUGCGGCCAGUCUGUAGGUUCUCCCUGCUGGUGAUUUUUAAAAUAAUUACCACUUUUCUUCUAGUGAUGCUUUACCGAUAUGAUUUAAAUUUGUUAACUUCUUUUCCUAACGUCUCAGAUGUGUAAAGACAAAGAACAAAAGGUUUAAUAUAUUACAGAGAAACAGUUAAUGAUAAUGUAAUAUUUUUUAAAAUGGCUUUUUAUUGUUUUGUUCGGAAGGCAGGGCAGGUUGCCAUUGCUAAAUGAUUUAAUAAUAUUGUAAUUCGGGGGGGAAAGCUUUUUUUUUUGUCUUGAAAAUGAUAGACAUUUGUAGAAUAUGGAGACUAACUCCUAGGAGUUGCUUACUCUGUCAGGUGACUUACGUCACUGGAUUCACUAAUUUUCUCUGAGAGAACAGUUGAUUGAGAAAUUUCUAUUGUAAAUAGCUCAGUGUUGUAUAGUGUUGCUUCCGGUGUUUCGUAGUUUGGGCGUAAGGACACGGUCUAAACAACUGACUGCCCCCCACCCAGGAGCCCCCACCCAGCCCCCCAGUUCAUCAUUAAAUAUGAGGCCGAACGGCGAAGAGCGUUUCUGUUCAAAGGUGGUGCCUUGUGGGCCACUGCAGACACAGUUGCACCCGAGGGGCCCCUGUACCUCUUUCCCUCCUCUCCCGGCCCCCAGCCCCCAGCCCCCUGACUUUCACAGACACUUUCUAACCCUGUUCCUUACUGCCGCCGCCCCGGUCAGCAUGGUUGUGUAGCGUUCAGGUAGGCCAUUCACAUACCAAGAGUUCUACUACAGCAGAAUGCACAGAUGAACAUGUCAUAAUUUUUGUUAUAAUAAAUACAAAAUUUACAAGUA